AUGUCCUCAUCUUCUCCAGAGGAAGAAGACUGUGUUGUGGCUGUUAAGUUCUUGGGAACUCAGCUCAGCUUUUGCAGCAGACCCGCUCAGAAACACUCCCAGUGGAAAAGAUACGACCAUAAAUUAAUUUUGGAAAUGGGAAACUUGGAUUCUCUUAAAGACAUCGCUUCCGAGUAUAACGUUUAUGAGCAAAUGGUGUUUGGGAAGAUUAAAGAGGGUGGAAACCUUGCUGCAUCUCGUCCGCUAAUAUCAGGCACCUUAGCUUUUGGAGUUGGGAUUUUUGCUCUAAGAAUUCCCAGAAACUUUAGAUUAUUGAAAGAGCUUGACAGAGGUGAGAAAGGAAUCGGAGAUAUGACCGUGAGCUAG